GCCGCCUCUUUCCGAAAGCCAGAGCAAAUGGUGGGAAGUCCAACAGGAUCCAAAUAAACAGGCAGCUAGCUUGUCCUGGGACCUCCACUAAGCAAAUGAAGCCUCCCUGUGCGCGCUGAGCCUGCGGUGCCCAACUUUCCGGGGAAGAUGGGAGGACGGGGCAACAAAGGGCGCAGCCGGCAUGCCUGGCAGUAAACGCGACAGCAGCUCUCCAGGCGGAAGAGCCCGGGACUGCACACCCACCUCCAGCACGCCGGGGCCCGCCGCCGAGAGCCGCGCACCCUACCCACCAAGCCACGAGCGGUUGUGCGAUCAGAUCGAUCUAAGAUGGCGACUGUGGAACCGGAAACCACCCCUACUCCUAAUCCCCCGCCUACAGAAGAAGAGAAAACAGAAUCUAAUCAGGAGGUUGCUAACCCAGAACACUAUAUUAAACAUCCUUUACAGAACAGAUGGGCACUCUGGUUUUUUAAAAAUGAUAAAAGCAAAACUUGGCAAGCAAACCUUCGGCUGAUCUCUAAGUUUGAUACUGUUGAAGACUUUUGGGCUCUGUACAACCACAUCCAGUUGUCUAGUAAUUUAAUGCCUGGCUGUGACUACUCACUUUUUAAGGAUGGUAUUGAGCCUAUGUGGGAAGAUGAGAAAAACAAACGAGGAGGACGAUGGCUAAUUACAUUGAACAAGCAGCAGAGACGUAGUGACCUGGAUCGCUUUUGGCUAGAGACACUGCUGUGCCUUAUUGGAGAAUCUUUUGAUGACUACAGUGAUGAUGUAUGUGGAGCUGUUGUUAAUGUUAGAGCUAAAGGUGAUAAGAUAGCAAUAUGGACUACUGAAUGUGAAAACAGAGAGGCUGUUACACAUAUAGGGAGGGUAUACAAGGAAAGGUUAGGACUUCCUCCAAAGAUAGUGAUUGGUUAUCAGUCCCAUGCAGACACAGCUACAAAGAGCGGCUCCACUACUAAAAAUAGGUUUGUUGUUUAAGAAGACACCUUCUGAGUAUUCUCAUAGGAGACUGCGUCAAGCAAUCGAGAUUUGGGAGCUGAACCAAAGCCUCUUCAAAAGCAGAGUGGACUGCAUUUAAAUUUGAUUUCCAUCUAAAUGUUGCUAAGAUAUAAGAGAAGUCUCAUUCACCUUUGUCUUGUACUUCUGUGUUCAUAUUUUUUUUUUUUUUUUGGCUAGAGUGUCCACUAUCCCAAUCAAAGAAUUAACAGUACACAUCAUCCCCAGAAUCCAUAAAUGUGUUCCUGGCCCACUCUGUAAUAGCUUAGUAGAAUUACCAUAUAAACACAUUUUGCCCAUCCACAAUAUUCAAAAAAGAACUUCCAUUUCUAUACCUUACAGGAAAAAAAUUCUGUUUAUGUUCCAUUGUAUGCAGGAGCAUAUUUUGCUGGUUUGAAAGAGUAUGAUGCAUACAGUUUUCUAGCAAUUUUCUUUGUUUCUUUUUACAGCAUUGUCUUUGCUGUACUCUUGCUGAUGGCUGCUAGAUUUUAAUUUAUUUGUUUCCCUACUUGAUAACAUUAGUGAUUCUGAUUUCAGUUUUUCAUUUGUUUUGCUUUUGUUUUUUUCCUCAUGUAACAUUGGUGAAGGAUCCAGGAAUAUGACACAAAGGUGGAAUAAACAUUAAUUUUGUGCAUUCUUUGGUAAUUUUUUUUGUUUUUUUGUAACUGCAAAGCUUUGGUACAAAUUUAUGCAUUUCAUUCAAAUCAGUGAUCUAUGUUUGUGUGAUUUCCUAAACAUAAUUGUGGAUUAUAAAAAAAAAUGUAACAUCAUAAUUACAUUCCUAAUUAGAAUUAGUAUGUCUGUUUUUGUAUCUUUAUGCUGUAUUUUAACACUUUGUAUUACUUAGGUUAUUUUGCUUUGGUUAAAAAAAUGGCUCAAGUAGAAAAGCGGUCCCAUUCAUAUUAAGACAGUGUACAAAACUGUAAAUAAAAUGUGUACAGUGAAUUGUCUUUUAGACAACUA